AUGAAUCUUCAAAAAAUUGCUGAUUUGUUAACAUUAAAAGAUGCUGUAGAGAUACUCAAAAUUGUCUACAAACGAGAUGAUAUUAAGACUACUUUAACCAAUCGAGUUAAAAUAGGAUCGAACUUCAUCCCAAUAAAAGAAUAUAUUAAAAGUAAUAAUAAAAUCGAGCCUUGGUAUUUUUAUAAGAAAUGUAAUGAUUUCAACUUCAACAGAGGGUUUACUACAUUCAAAUGCCAAUAUGGAACUUGUCCUAUCUGUGGCCAUGAAGCUUUACAUGAAUGCUGUGUUUCAUAUGGAAGCAUUGCAACAUGGGCAAAGUGUCCAUUUUAUUGUACCGAGUACAACGAAGAAACAUUUAACGAGCAUUUGACAA